AUGCAGAAGGAAGAGAGCCACACCCAAACAGACAAGGGUGCAGUGCCGUCCACGUCGCAGCAACCGCAACAGUCUACCGCCCCAUGGUGGUGGUGGUCGGCCAGUCGGGGCCGGAAUGAAAUCAGUCGCUCAGACAAAUCCAGCUUUGUGAUUAACAGUUCAGAUAUGUAUCAAUCAGCCGCCACUUUGCAGCUACUCGAUCCGCAACAAGCGGGGAAGGAGUACAGCGAACGAUCCCCGGUUUCAUCAUUCCAUUCUGCGGCACAGCUACACGAGGAAGAUAUCAGUCAGCCAACGUGGUGUACACGAAAUAUGGACAAGGACAAAGAGAUUUCUCAAUUUGUUAUAUUUCUCCUCAGCCGAUAUACAGUCUCCAUUAAUCCGUUACAAAUCUACUCCAUUAUCUACGAAUGGGAACGUUACCAACAUCAGAGACAGCUAGCGUUGCACCGUCAGUGGACACAACGUAUGCGUCAGCAAAAACGCAGACAACGCAGACUAGAGGAGUAUAACAGACAUCUACGACACUUCGCCUCGGUCCUCGCUCAACAGCAUAUGAAUCAGCUACGAAAAGCUCGAACGUUUGGAGAAUUUAAACAAAUUAUGUUUGAUCGAAUCACGACCGAUACCGACUCCGAUCAUGUGAUCGAACAACCACAUUCCCUUCAAUCCAGUGCUCUAAUCGAAUCUUCCCUGAGGUAUCCAGAUACCGAACAUAAUAUAGUGGCCGCUGCUUCCACUGCAUUGGAAUUUCCCGGUGGAGCGGGUGGUGGAAUAGUUGUGAACAGCUUGCGCUCAACACGGAAAGGUAGCACACGAGAAAGUCGAGCAAUCGUAGAACUACCCAGCACGGCCAGUACAGAAUCACUGGUGACUGUUAGUGCUAAAUCCAGUCAAAUUGAACAACCCGAGUCAGUCGAUGGGGAUCGGAGUGUGCCAGACAGUUCCAUUCAUCGAUUGCUACCUGACGAAGAGGAAGAGGCUCCAAAAUAUUCUGAAGCUGAACUACGAAGUGCAUUCGAAAGCUACCAAGAAUUUCGGCGUAGUGCCUGUCAACCACGGAACCAGACGUUGUGCGUUCGUUCUUUGCUAGACUUACAGCAGGAACAUACUACCGUAAUCAUUCCUCGCGGUUUCCACGUGCGUCGCUGUGGUUCUCAAAUCCAGCCAGUUUGUAGCUACCACAGAUCGACAAUACAGACUGAACUGGAUCGGGAAGAAUCGGAUAUGGGGAUGAGUGAAGGCAACCGACUCGAUGGGGCAGGUCCCACUACAUAUCGACCUGACGAGAGUGGAGGUGGUGGCAACCCAGGUUCGGAUUGGUAUGGUUAUCCGCAUUCAUCCGCCUCGAUCGCGGAAGCUGCAGAGCACUUGGAAUAUGCCAUGGAUCGAGGUCAAUACUCAUCCUGUGAGUGUGAAACAGCGGAAGAGGAAUGUCUGCCAACAAAUGUCACUUUGAAGAUCCAAGCCGUUGCUGUCAGUCGGGUACGUUCAACGAACCAAGGGUAUAGUAUGCUUUUCUCUAUCAUUUUCGGUUCUAAUUCUCGUAGACUGCUUCCGUGGUGCAUCACCGAGGUGUUUAGGUUUUUCUUCACUUACACAUUUUAUAGAAAACCUAAAUGUGAUGGCUUAAGGGAAAAAGUUGGUUGA